CGGAGCAAGACUGCAAUGCCCAGUUCCCGCAAAAAGGAACACCUCCAUCUUUGUCACCCCGAGGUUUGGCAGGGCCUGACGGCCCAGUCUCGGAAAAAGUUAGGCGGAGAGAAGUCGGAGCGCAGAGAAAGGCGGCGGAGGGCGCUUUGGGACGAGCAGGGGCGCCAGGCUCUCCGCCCUGCCCCUAGGGCGGCCCGGCAGCCCCGCCGCGCCGUCGGUCCGCGCCGAAGCCCGCCCGAGGCUCGCAGGCGGGCGGGCGGUGAGCAGGGCCGGGGCCCCGGGCGGCCGAGGUGCCCCUCCUGCGCGCCCGCAGGGAGCGGCCGUGCGCGCCCGCCCGCCCUUUCUUUUGCGCGUCCCUCCCUCCGCUGCCCCCGCCCUCGCUCCCUAUUUGGAGCGGAGACACCCCUGACGUCGGAGCCGCUCGGCUCGCCGCUCCCCCGCACCGCGCGCCCGCCCGGGGCCGCAGACGGCGCGCCGCGCAGCCCAGCCGAGCCUCGCGGGGCCGCCGCCAGCCCUGCCCGCCGCCUCCCCGAGCUCCCGGGGGCGCCGGGCCUGCCCCGCGGCCCGAGACAGCUCCGCAGGCACCGGCGCGCGCCGCGCUCCCCGCCGCCGCCACCGCCGCCGCGCGCGCGGGCUCUAAAGGCCACGGGCACAAUGCUCUGGGUCCUGGUGGGAGCCGUCCUCCCUGCCAUGCUGCUGGCCGCUCCACCGCCCAUCAACAAGCUGGCCCUGUUCCCGGACAAGAGUGCCUGGUGCGAGGCCAAAAACAUCACCCAGAUCGUGGGCCACAGCGGUUGUGAGGCCAAGUCCAUCCAGAACAGGGCGUGCCUGGGACAGUGCUUCAGCUACAGCGUCCCCAACACCUUCCCGCAGUCGACGGAGUCCCUGGUGCACUGUGACUCCUGCAUGCCGGCCCAGUCCAUGUGGGAGAUCGUGACCUUGGAGUGCCCCGGCCACGAGGAGGUGCCCAGGGUGGACAAGCUGGUGGAGAAGAUUCUGCACUGCAGCUGCCAGGCGUGCGGCAAGGAGCCCAGCCACGAGGGGCUGAGUGUCUACGUUCAGGGCGAGGACGCGCCGGGCCCCCCGCCGGGCGCCCACCCCCACCCCCACCCUCACUCCCACCCCGGCGGGCAGACCCCUGAGCCCGAGGAUCCCCCCGGGGCCCCCCACGCCGAGGAAGAGGGGGCUGAGGACUGAGGCCCCAGCUCGUCCUCCCCUCUGGCCCCUGUGGAAUGUGGGGUCUCACCCUCCGGGGGAGGAGUCGGGGAGAGGCUGAAGCCCCCCGCUGGCGCUGGAUGGACUUGGACUCAGACUCGGACUUGGAAUGCUUUCCGGUUGCCAUGGAGAUCUGCAGGGAGGGGCUGGAGCAAGCUGCACAAUUUAAUAUAUUCACGAGUGGGGGAGGAAGCAGAGGUCUUCAGGGUUCUUUCUCCAAGGGGAGUCUCUUCAUGUCUGCCUCCUAGAGAUGCGCCCUUGGGAGGGGGAGGAAGUUGGCUAAGCUGCUGGGGGGGGGGAGGGUGAGGCCAUCCAAGAUGGUGGGAGCUGGGCCAAGGCCCACACAGCCCCUGGUGGGGCAGGGCCCCUGGGGGUGCAGAUGGUGGCCCUGGGGCCUGAGCUGAGAGUGGGCACCUGGCCAGCAGCAGCCCUGAGGGAGGGGCUGGGUCCUGGCUAGGAAGACCAUGGCAGAAGCAGGAAGCUCUAGCCCUGCAGGCUUCCCUAAGGGCCUCCCGUCCCUAGGGUGGCUUCUCCCCAUUGGCACCGCGGUGGCCCUCCCCUCGCUGGCGGGGUUGGGAGUCAGGCCUGGGCAGGACCCUGCUGACUCAUGGCCCUGGGGCCGGGAGCCAGGCUCUCUGGGCCUAUCUGGUUCCUUGGCUUUCCAGGGGGUGGAGGGAGGCAAGGGAGGAACUUUCCUGGACCAGGGGGAGGGGAUGACUCCCGAGACCAUCACCGAAGAAGAGCAUCGGUCCCCACUUCCUCCCUGAGAUCUUAGUGCCUCCCACUGCCCCCCAAGCUCUAGGCCCCUCAGAAAGCUGACGGAGCCAGCCUUACCCUCCUGGGGAGCUCUCUCUAAAUAUCUGACAGUGGGGAGGUUCCAAGACCCAGAGGUUCCAAGGAGAGACCUGGUGGGAUGGACUCUGGCUGAGCCCCAAGAAACGAGGAGGAAGUGAGGGGCGAGGGCUCACGUGGGCAGCCAGUGUCCCACCCCCCACCUCCCUCCCAGCUGCACUUUAACCCUCGAGGAGGGGUGGGGGCCAGGGGGCGGGAAGGGCAGGCAGGCAGUGAGGAACUCCCCUCCAUGCCCAGCUCUGCCUGCCAGCCCUGCCUGCCCCCUGCCUGGGGGUGCCCGGCCGGCGGCAGUUCCGACGAGAGCUUCUGGAGCUUGUAACCAGUAGAUUGUCUCCUGACGGACCCGAGUUUUCUCAUGAAUAAAUUCGUUCAAUGCCUA